AUGAGUGAUAAAGGUGAAGGAGAUAAGGAUAAUAUGAACAAAAAUGGUAAAGUGUAUGAAAUGAGGGAUAAUGAAAAAAAUGAAGAGGUAAAUUAUAUAAUAAAUGAAGUGGACUCUUCUACUGAUUGUAAAAAUGAACUUAUCAAAAUGAACUAUGAUAAUAAUAAUAAUGAUAAUAAUAAUGAUAUAUCGUAUAAUGUGUUAAAUUCCAAUAGUGUUGAUAUAGAAAAUAUGGAAAAUACUUGUAAGAAUUAUGUAUAUGAUAAAGAUAUUGAAAAUAGAGAUACUUAUGAUAAUAGUAAUAAUAAGUCAAAUAAGUCUGAUGAUAUAGAUAAUAAGACAGGUGAUAUAUCGAUGAAUGAAAAUAAACUUGUAAACACGAAUAUUUCUAAUACUAUAGAAAAUAUAUACCCUUGCACGUAUAAUGCUGUUGUUGAAAAUAACUCUCAUAUGAAAAACAUAGAUAUUAUUAAUACUAUUGAAAAUGUUGAGGAUAAUAAUAUAAAAAAUGAUGUAUGUAAUGAAAAUAAUAAUAUAAUUAAUAAUUUAUAUGGUGAUAAUGAUAACUGGGAGAAGAAAAAUUAUGUAGGUUUGACUGAGAAGUUGAAUUGUCUUAAACUUGAUAAGACUAAUGAAAUUCUCGAAUUCAACAAAACGUUGGAUACGUCUAAGGAUACACAAGAUAUAAAUGUUGUUAAUGAGAAAUUAAGUGUUGAAUCAAACAAAAAUAAUGUAAUUAGUAAUAUGAACAAUAUUGAUAGUAUGAAAAAUAUUGAUAGUAUGAACAAUAUUGAUAGUAUGAAAAAUUUUGGUAGUAUUGAUUGUAUUGAUAGUAUGAACAAUAUUGAAAAACAGUCAAGAAAGAGAAAGAAAAAUAAAGUGUCAGAUAAGAAAAACUUAUUAAAUAAUGAAGCAUAUGAUAAUAAAGAAAAUUAUGAUAACCUUCAUGUUGGAAAUAAUUAUAUAAAUACAAAGGAUGAAAUUAAUAAAGUUAUACAAAAUAUAAAUUUAUUAAAAGCACUUAAUACAAAUGACCAGAAAGUUAAUGAAGUAAAUAUGGAUAUAUUAAACAAAUCUAAUGAGCAUAAUGAUAAUAAUGAAAUAUCAAAACAACUUUUAGAUAAUAUCAUAUUACUAAAUUCUCUGAGUAAAUAUAUGAACAAGGAUGAUAUAAAUAAACAAGCGAAAGAAAAAAUGAAAAAUCGAAUUUCAAAAAAAAAGAUGACUCUUGAAGGUGCACAAUUAUGUAAAAUAAAUAAAGAAGAAAAUGAUAAUAUCCUAAAUGAAAAUAAUAUGGAUGAUGAUAAUAAUGAUCAACAAUCUAAAUUAUCCGAUAACGACAAUAAUAUGAUGAAUCCUCAUGGUGUAUUAAAUAAUUCGUCUGGAGAAAUAAUAUCUUCAAAUUGUAGCAAUCAUUUGAAUUACAAUAAUAAUGACAAUAAUAAUAAUAAUAAUAAUAUUAUUAUUAUGAAUAAAGAUGUUUGUAAUAACAAGAAGAAUAAAAAAAAUUCGAAGAAGCAAACAGUUCUUUGUGCGAAAAAUAAUAAAGGUAUUUUAGAAAAUGAUGAUAAUACACAAAUAAAUGAUAUUAGAAAUAAAAUUUAUGAAUUAAGCACAAAUAAUUAUAAUACACUUAAUGAAACAAAUAAUGAAAAUGUACAAAAAAAGAUUCUUUUAGGAAGUGGAUUAUUAUCUUCUACAGAUAUGAUGAAUCAAACUGAUUCUGAAGCAAAUAAUCCGUUAUACCAUAAUUUUGAUAAGGACACCUUAUUAUUAAUUAAUCAAAUGAAAGAAGAGGAAAAACAUGUGUUGAGAAAUUAUUUAAUGAAUGAUGUUAAUAAUAAAAUAGGUAUGGGCAGUCGCAUAGUGAGUAAAAGAAAAAAACAGGGAAGUAACCAAGUUAAUAGUAAUAAUAAUAUGAAUAACUUAAAUGAUUUGAACAACAAUUAUGAGAUGAAACAUAAUCGCGAAUAUGUUGGUGAUAAUAAUGUAACAACAUCAAAUGGUAACAUGAACAAUAAUAAUAAUAUCAAUAUUUCCAAAAAAAAAAAAAAAAUAAACAAUAUCAUGGAUGAUAAAACACAAGAUUUAUUGGAUUAUAAAAAUACUGCUAAUCUUCUGAAUAAUGUUCUGAAUAAUAAUGAGAAAGAUGUUAGAAAUAUCAGCAUGAAUAUAUUAAAAAAUAAUAUUACCACUUGUAGUAAUGAUGAAGAAAGAAUCAAAGCUUUAAUUAACAAUAUAGGUUAUAGUCAUCAACAUAAUAAUAAUAAUAAUAAUAAUAUUGUUAGUAAUGUUAAAAACAUAAUUAAUUUAAAUAGAAGUAAGGAUAAUACCUUAAAUGAAUUUUCUACUGUUAGUGAUUAUAUUGAUAAUAUAUAUGAAUGCGCUCAGAAGGAUUAUUUACAUAAUGAUAAGAAUAAUAAGAAUAAAAAUAAUAUACAUAUGGAUAAUCCUUUGGCUUCCAAUGUGAUUAAUAUAAAUCGUGAGGAGCCAAUGGAUUUUGUAAAUAGAUUAAAUAUGUUUAUGAAUGAAGCAGAUAUUAAUAAGAAAGGAUUAUUGGAAGCAUAUAUGAGAAAAUAUAGUAACAUGAACAUCAAUGGUAAUAAUAAUAUUAAUAAUAAUAUUAAUAAUAAUAAUAAUAAUAAUAAUAACUUACAAUCGUUAAAUAAUCAGGAAAAUAUAUUAAACAAUGAACAGGAUAAUACAUCAUUAUCAUUACAAGAAAAAAAAUUAUCAUACAAUGAUAUGCUACUCAAUUUGAAAAGAAGAAAUGUGCUAGAAGAAUUUCCUUUUAAUUUUGUUAAACAAAAGGAUGAUUCUGCUAAAAAUACGAUGAAUGACUCCUCAGAUGCACAAGUUGAUAUUCAUAUGGAUCAUGGAUUUAAAGAGGGAAAUAAGAAACAGGAAAAACUCAAUUCUUAUGCUCAGGAAAAGUUUAAUUAUGAAGUUGAAAAGGGUGAAAAUGUGCAAGGGGAAGAGGAAAAAUAUAAGCAGAAAUAUCUGUCGAACGAAGAUAAAAAUGGUGAUAAUGGUGAUGGUGAUGAUAAUAAUGAUAACAUUAAUAAUAAUGAUAAUUAUAACAAUAGUAGUUGUAGUAAUCGUAAAAAUUGUGAUAAAAAUAAAAAAACAAAUGAUAAUAAUAUGUCGAGUGAAGAAAUUGAACAUAAUGAUGAAAAACAUAAUGAAAAUUAUUUUAAGGAAUGGUAUAAGAAUAUUAGUGAUCAAGUGCGAAAAUUAUUAAUAGAGAGUGGUACAAAUAAAAAUGUAUUUACGGAAAAUGAAAAAAAUAAAUUAUUAUUAAAUAUUGCAAAAGAAUAUUUAUUAAAAAAUAAUGUAAAUGAGAAAAAAAAAAAAAAACACACAAAGAAUAAAAAUGAGUUAAAUUUAAAUGUUGAAAAUCUUAAUGUGUUUUCUGAUCAAUAUGAUGAUAUAAAUAAUGUACUUUUAAAUAUACAAAAUGGAAAUAUAAAUGAUAUUACAAAUAAAAAUAUAAUGAAUUAUGAACAUAAUAGUACUUCAAUACAUCCUACCAUAGCAAGUACUCUUUUUGAUAUAACUCAUGAAAACCCUAGAGAACAUAUUAAAAGUGAGUGCAGUACUACUAAUAAUAAUUAUAAUAAUAAUAAUUAUAAUAAUAAUAAUAAUAAUAAUAAUAAUAAUUAUAAUAAUAAUAAUUAUUAUUAUUAUUUGGAUUAUAUUAAAAGAUUAACAAAAAAUGAUAAUAACAUUGAAAAUCUUUUAAAUAUUUUUGAGAAUUCAAAAAAAUAUAAAAAAAAAAAUCUUUCGAAUACAUCUCUUAAUUCUUUAAAUAAUGAAAUCAAUGAAAUAAAUGAAAUAUUAAAUGAAAAAUUUGAGAGCACUCAAUCUUUUGACAAAUAUGAAAAUUCACAACAGAACAUGAUGAAAAAUAAAUAUAACAGCAACAAUAAUAUAAGCCACAAUAUAAACAAUAAUAUUAAUAGUAAUAAUAAUAUUCAUAAUGAUGAGGAGGAAAGGAAUAUUUUGUGUAAUCCGAACUACCAAGUGAAUAUAAAAAAUGAUGUAAAGGAAGAAAAGGUUAAAGAAAGAAAAGUCAGAAAAUCUCGAAAAAAUCAAAAUUUUGUUGAAGAUAAAAAAAAAAAAAAAAAUAAAGAUAAUAAUUUAAACAAUGGUGAUAAUAAUAAUACUCAUAAUAAAAAUAAUAACACAUAUGAUAAUAAUACACACGAUAAUAUAUAUUAUGAUCAAAUAAAAACUCUUCAAGAAUUACAUUAUCAAAAUGCAAUCGUCAAUAGUUUGAUGAAUGGAAACAAUAUUGAAGUGUGUAAUAUGAAUAACAGUAAGGAUAUAUUUAAAAAGAAGAAAAAUGAAGAUAAUGAAUAUAUAAAUUAUAAAGAACAAAAUAAUGAUGAAAGAAAAAAAAAAAUGAAGGAUAAUAAUAAGGGUAAUAAAAUGGAUAAGAAAAAAAAAGAUGAAGAAUUUUUUAAUCAUAUUAAUGUAUUAAAGGUAAGAGAUAAUGACAUAUCACAUAGUAAUAAUAAUAAUGAUGAUAAUAAUAAUGAUGAUGAUGAUAAUAAUAAUAAUAAUAAUAUUAAUAAUAAUAAUAAUGAUGACAAAUUUACACAUAACAUAAAUGUACUUAAUAAUAAUGAAGAAAAAAUAAAUAUACCAUAUAACCCAAAUGAACACAAAAUUAAUAUUAUGAUCGAUGAAUCUCAUUUCAGUGGAAAAGAAAAAGAGCUAUUUAUAAAAGGGAAAGAAACAUUAUUAUUGGAAAGCAUGAAUGCUGGUAAAGUAGAUGAUGAUAUUGAGAAUAUCGAUAUGACUAGAAAUAUAAAAAAAAUUAAUUUAUAUAAUAUAUAUAAUAAUAAGAAUGAUGGUAAAGAUAAUAUAUUAGAUAAUGAGAAUAAAGAAGGAUUAUAUUUAUGUGAUGUAAUGAAAAAUAAUAAUGAAUUAAAAAGGAUUAAUGAUAACUUUUUUAAAUUACAUUCUAAUUUGGCUAGUAAUUUAUUAAGUACAAGUACCAGUGGUAGUUUUGGAAAUGAUAAUUAUAAAAGUACACCUCUUAAUUUUGAUAUGAAUAAAUUACCAUCUAAUAAUACAUCAUUUAAUAAUUUAUAUUAUAUGGAUGAAAAUAUUAUUACAAAUAAUAUAAAUGUGAUUCCAUUAGUGAAUAAAAAUUAUAGUGAUAUUUCUUCUUCAUACGAUAUUAAAAAAAAGAACCUACAUAAAAAUAAGAAGAAACAUAAAAACCAUAUCAAUGAUAAUAAUAUAAUAAAUGUGGAUUAUAAUAUGAAAAGUGCUGAUAAUAACAUAAAUAAUAUUAAUAGUAAUAUGAUUAAUGUAAAAAAUAUGAAUAGUAAUGAUGAGAAACCUACCACCAGCACAGAAGAAAAUAUGUUCCCUAGUCACAGCACAAAUAUAAAUGAUAACAAUAUUGUUAAAGUAGUAGAUAGACAUGAUUCUAUAAAUAAUUAUGAGGAAGGUUUAGUUAAUGCAUUAAACACCAUAAAAGCUGAUAAAAGCAAUGGAGAAAAUAACUAUUCUAUUUUAGAUAGUAAUGAUGUAAUGAUUAAAAAACUUAUGCUUAAAAAUAACUUAUUAUUUGAACAUUUACAAAAAAGUCGUAAAUUCAAUAAGGAUGAAAAUAUUAAGAAUGCAUCACAAAGUUCCUUACAUAGUAAUAUAAUUCGUAACCUUACUUUAACAAAUAAUUUUCAGAAUGAUUAUUUUUAUAAUGAUGUUAAAAAUGGUUCUUUUAAUAAUGUAUUGAACAAAGAAAAAAAAAUGAUGAACAGCUACGAUGAACAACAACUUAAAGAAAAGAUAGCUAGUUUGAAAGAACAAAAUGAAAAUAUUCUAAACAAAAAAAUGUUAUUUAAAAAUAAAAGUUAUAGUGAUAAUGAUAACUUCUUAAGUUUUUAUUUAAAGAGAAAAGUAUCUUCCUUUUCGGAUUAUAAUAAAGAAUCAGAUAAUAAUUCAUAUGUAACUAAACAAAAGAGAAAAAGAAAAAAUGAAAAUAUAAAUUAUGAUAAGAAUAAAGAAUUUUUAGUUAACCGAACUAAUAGUUUAAAUAUUAAAAGAGUUAGAAGUGGUCCAUUAGAUAAUUCACAGAAUGUAUCACAGAGUAAUGUUCAUAGAUAUGAAACGUCAAAAGAAAUUAUAGAUGUAGAUGUGUUAGAUGAAAAUAUGAACAGUAAUAAUAGUUAUAAUAUUAAAGGAGGUGAUAAUAUAAUAAGUUCAAAUUUUACUGAUCCCUUAAAAUUUACAGAAACAUCUUUUGAUGUACAAAAAGAAAGUUUAAUUAAAGAAUCCAAUGAAAAUCAAACAGUUCUUAAAGAGAAAGAUGAAAAUUUAGUAGAUGUAAAAGAUGAUAAAACAAAUCAAAUGUCGAAUGUAACUACCAUCGGAACAUCCAAUUUAGCUGAAUCUACAACAAAAAAUGAAAUUGAUAUAAAAGUAUGUACAUUAAUAAAUUGUCCAACACAUAAUCCACAAAAUUAUGUAAAGAGUAAUGGUAAAAGAGGAGAGUCUUUAGGGGAUGGUAUGGAAUUAAAAGAAGAAAAUGAUGAUUUAAAAAGAAUUCCGGGAGUAUAUUAUGAUAAAAAUUCCCAAAGAUGGUUUGGUGAGCAUAAAAUAAAUGGUGUCAAAUGUGCACAAAGUUUUGCUGUUAAAAAACAUGGAUGUGAAGAAGCUAAACGUUUAGCUAUAGAAUGGAAAAAAGCAAGAAUUCGUGGAGAGGUAUGGGAUAGAUUUAUUAACAAGAAAAAAAAAAAUACAAAUAGCAACAACAACAAUAAUAAUAAUAAUAACAGCAACAAUAAUAAUAAUAGUAAUAAUAACAGCAACAAUAAUAAUAAUAGUAGUAAUAAUAAUAACAAUAAUAAUAAUAAUAAUAAUAAUAAUAAUAGUGGAUCCAAUAGUAAUAACAAUUCAUUGAAAGGGUCUAAAUCUAAUAGACCUUCUGUUGAAGAAUUAAGAUUAAAAUAUUUAUCUAUGAGUAAAAAUAUGCCAAAAGUUAGAGGCGUGUGGUUUAAUUCUACCCCUCAAAGAAUGGGAUGGGUUGGUCAAGCAUAUAAAAAAUGUAAAAGAAUCGAAAGAAUUUUUUCUGUUAAUAAAUAUGGUUUUGAAGGAGCCAGAAAGUUAGCUAUUGCUUUUCGUAAUUCUCAAAAACCUGCCAAUGAAGAUAGUGAUGAUGAUAGUUGGUCAAAAGAAGAUAAAAUCAAUAUGAAAAAUUGUGAUGAGAAUUCAAAUAACUAUGAUUAUAAAAAUAACUUUUUAGUUUCUAUGAAUACAAUAAAAAAUAAUGGAAGCAAUAUAAUGAGUAAUGAUAAUAAUAUAAAUAAUCAUAGUAAUAAUUGUAAUGAUAAUAAUCAUCACAUAGAUAAUAAUUUAGAAACCCAAAUAGAAAAUAAUACAGAUAUGAUUAUGGAUAGUAAUAUGGAUAAUGAUAUUGAUAUGAAUAUAGAUAAAAAGAAUAUUAUUAAUAAACAUAAUAAUCAUAAUGAAAAUAAUAAAGAUAUGAGAAUUAAUUUAUGUAGAGAUGCUAUACUAUUCAUUUUACAUGAUCUUGAAACUAUAUUAGAAUUAAAUAUACCUAUGCUUAGUAAAAAUGUUAAUAUGUAUAAAUUAUGUAUAAAACAUCAUUUAAAUUAUUUAACCUUAAUAAAAAAUGAAGAACAAAUUAUACCUUAUCUAAAUGUAUUUGGUGAUUAUAUACAAAGAUGUAUUCUACCUACCGACCUCCCUUAUGCUGAAUUAUAUGUAUUAAUUGAUUCAUUAAUUCAUAAUGAAAUAUUACCAUCAUAUGAUCAUAAGGAAAAUUUCUGUGAAUAUGUAGCCGUCGAAGAUCCCGGAAUUAUAACACCCUCCAUGUUAUUAUAA